AUUCACUCUGAGGACCCCAAGUUGGUGGCUCUCAAGGUGCCUGUCUGUAAUGGUGCCUGUAGUACGUCAAUGUAUUCGCCAGGUGGCGCAUUCUAUCAAAGGAGAGACGCGCCUGAGGACCAGUCACUCAUCAGCAUGGGCACACCUGAUGGUUCAUAACGUUUAAAAGAGGAGUUGCUAUAAGACGGACAACGCCGAAAGCCGGCUCGGCUGCCCACGCUGUGUCCCACGGGGCUGGACCUGCAGGACUCUCUGGGCUGGAGGAUGAAUGCGCGCCUGUGUCGCGCGCUACUGGUGGGCUGCGCGCCGUCACGCGCCGUAGGUGCCAUGAAAUGAAGAAAACUCGGAGGGGAAGAGCACAAUUUAUAAGAGCGCGUAUGGGAACAUAGGAGGAAUUGGAUUACAAGCUCACUGGACUUAAAAAAUGGCCAAAAACACAUCUCUUUAUUUCAGAAUUGUCGAGGGCAGGAACCUCCCCGCCAAAGACGUCUCCGGAACCAGCGAUCCGUACUGCAUUGUAAAAGUUGACAAUGAAGUCGUGGCCAGGACUGCCACGGUGUGGAAGAACCUUAAUCCUUUCUGGGGUGAAGAGUACACGCUGCACCUCCCGAUGGGCUUCCAUUCACUCUCCUUUCACGUCAUGGACGAGGACACGAUUGGCCACGAUGAUGUUAUUGGAAAGAUAACUCUGAGUAAAGAUGCCAUUGGAUCUCAAGCUAAAGGACUCGAUAGCUGGGUGAACCUGACGAGGGUCGACCCCGAUGAAGAAGUCCAGGGAGAGAUCCACCUGAGUCUGGAGCUGCUCAAAGACGCCGAGAAGAUCAGCCUGCGCUGUCAAGUCAUUGAAGCCAGAGACUUGGCUCCGAGAGACAUUUCGGGAACCUCUGAUCCAUUUGCAAGAGUUAUUUUCAACAACCACAGUGCAGAGACGUCGAUUAUCAAGAAGACCCGUUUCCCUCACUGGGGAGAGACCCUGGAGCUGGAGCUGGAUCCCGAGGAGCUGAGCGAGGAGGGCUCGGUCACUGUGGAGGUCUGGGACUGGGACAUGGUGGGCAAGAAUGACUUUCUGGGAAAGGUGGAAAUCCCUUUUGCUUGUCUGCACAAGACGCCUCUUCUAGAGGGCUGGUUUCGUUUGCUGCCCUUGAGAAACAACGAGGUUGACACUGGUGGCAAGCUGGGAGCGCUGCGCCUGAAGGUGCGUUUGGUGGAGGAUCGGAUCCUGCCGUCCGUGUACUAUCAGCCCCUCAUUCACCUCCUGGUGGAGUCAGUCAUCUCCCCUACAGAGACAAAACUCUUUGUCCGUGUCACAAGCGUGUCGUCACCUGAGUCCCCUUCUUACCAGGUGGAGGACAGCAGCGCGCUGACCAUGCUGGAGGAGGUGACCACAGUCGAGAGCCGACAGGAUGUGGCAAUGACCCUGGUGAAGAUCUACCUGGGCCAGGGCCUGGUGGUGCCGUUCCUGGACUACCUUAACACCCGGGAGGUCAACCACACCACCGAUCCCAACACUUUAUUUCGCUCCAACUCUCUUUCCUCCAAGGCCAUGGAGCAGUUCAUGAAGGCUGUCGGCAUGCUGUAUUUGCACGAGGUGCUGAAGCCCAUCAUCAAUCGCAUCUUUGAUGAGAAGAAGUACAUUGAGCUGGACCCGUGUAAGAUCGACCUGAACCGCACAAGACGAAUUUCAUUUAAGGGCGCAGUGUCAGAGGAGGAGGUGCGGGACAGCAGCGUGGAGAUGCUGCACGGCUACUUGACCAGCAUCAUCGAAUCGAUCGUGGGCUCAGUCGAUCAGUGUCCGCCCGUCAUGAGAGUGGCCUUCAAGCAGCUUCACAAGAGAGUAGAGGAGCAAUUUUCUGAACCUGAGUAUGAGGAUGUGAAGUAUCUGGCCAUCAGCGGAUUCUUUUUUCUGCGUUUUUUUGCACCUGCAAUCCUCACACCUAAACUGUUCCAGCUGAGGGAUCAGCACGCUGACACCCGCACAAGCAGAACGCUGCUCCUGCUGGCCAAGGCUUUACAAAGUGUCGGGAACCUGGGCCUGCAGCUGGGUCACGGAAAGGAGCAGUGGAUGGCGCCUCUUCAUCCCAUCAUCCUACGCAGCGUGGCCUCUGUCAAAGACUUCCUGGACAAGUUGAUUGAUAUAGAUCACGACAUUGUGUCCGAGGUGCCGCAGAGGGUCGUGUUCAUGCCCUCAGUCACAGUUAAAGAGGGCUACCUCCACAAACACAAGGCGGAGGGACCCCAGCUGCUGUCCCGCUUUGCCUUCAAGAAACGCUACUUCUGGCUGACUAGUGAGACCCUGUCCUACGCCAAGACCCCUGAGUGGCAGGUGCGCUCCUCGAUCCCGGUUCAGUGUGUGUGUGCCGUGGAGAGGGUGGAUGAAAAUGCCUUCCAGCAGCAGAAUGUAAUGCAGGUCAUCACCCAGGACAACGACGGACAGCUGCACACCAUGUACAUCCAGUGCAAGAACGUGAAUGAGCUGAACCAGUGGCUGUCGGCCAUCAGGAAGGUCAGCAUCUACAACGAGCGCAUGCUGCCCUCUUUCCACCCGGGGGCUCAUCGCAGUGGCAAGUGGACGUGCUGCCUGCAGGCGGACCGUGCUGUUACAGGCUGCAGUAGAACGCACUCAGCUGUGACUCUCGGGGACUGGAGUGACCCACUGGAUCCCGAUGUAGAGACGCAGACCAUAUACAAGCAACUUCUCCAGGGCAGAGACAAACUCAGGAAAAAACAUCUGGAGACGCCCGACGCUGAUCAAACAUCCAGUAAUAAAGAAAAGAAGAUCAACUCUGAUAUUCACUCAGAUGGGGCAGAAUGCAACACUCAGCUGAUGAAGCCAGGUCAGAGCAUUGCUGCUCGGCUGUUGGCUGUCAUAGAGGAUCUGGAGCAAGUUCACGCCACCUUCCAGCGCAGAGAAAUGGAGGACAGCACCAGUGUCAUCCUGAAUCCCUAGACUCAACUCAGACUGGGAUCCACUAAAGGGGGGCCGGUGGGGGUGGGUCACAGCUUUCUGAAGCAACACGAGUGGGCAUCGAUAUUCACUCUCUUGAUUGUCAGGGACAAUAAAGUGGCAACAGGGUGCAAGCUCUUCCACCCUUUUAGCACAUUCCCCGCUGUAAAGAGCAGAGGGAAUUCUACCACUUUGAAUAUUUUUGUAUUCUGUGAGUGCAGCUGGCUUCAACAGCGCCGGGGAGAGAUUAUGAUACUUGACGAUAAAGAGGGCCUUUGAAGCAUGA